CAACCUUCGCAAAUCUUAUCAUAGAGGCRCAGAGUAGUGAGUUUAUCCGGUGUGUAGCAGAAGGAGAAGUGUGGACACGGAUGUUCAACAACCUCACCGCAGAGAUGAGUGGACUGCCUCGGUCACAGUGCGAGGACAUCAGAUAAAGAAGAAGCGAACUCGACUUGAGAAACACCAACAUCGCUCCGGCAUAUUUAUCGUUUGAGAACUUCUUUGAAAUGUUUUUAUUGCGUAAAGCGAGCCACUCGUAGCCAAAGAAAACCCCUCCGCCUUCUUCAGUGACCGAGAUGCGUUUCAACGAGAAGGAGCUGGUAUGUUUGAGCCGCCAACCCUCAGAGAUGGCAGCAGAGCUGGGAAUGCGAGGUCCCAAGAAAGGAGACGUUGUCAAGAGGAGGCUGGUGAAACUGGUAGUYAACUUUCUGUUUUACUUCCGGACUGAUGAAGAGGAGCCAAUCGGGGCUCUGCUGUUGGAGCAGUGUCGUGUAGAGAGAGAGGACAGUCAGACUUUCUCUAUUGCAUUUCUAGAUGAAGCGGAGAGGAAAUAUCUGUUUGAGUGCGACUCUGAGGAGCAAUGUAAGGAGUGGAUAGACUCUAUUAUCAAAGCCAGCUACGAAUUCAUGAGGAAGAAUCUUAUAUUCUAUCGAAUGGAAAUCCACAGGCUCACUGGAAAGGAUCCAUUGGAGCAGUACGGUAUAUCUGAUGAAACCCGCUUCCAGGUCAACAGUGGCUCGCAUUUCAUGGCCAGAGAUACCUCCUCCCUGUAGACCAGGAGGCUGUGCUCGGAUUAUUUUGUUUAGUUUGCCAUUCCAUCAUUCGCUUUUCUUCAAAACAGAGAUUCUGUCCUCCAGUUUUCUCMAUCUGCAUUGGUCUGUUCUGUUGGAUUGUCAGACUCCUUGUUUUUAAUCAUUUUUCUGUAUAUAUAUAUAUAUAUUUUAUGAAAUAUUGUACUUUUCAGAGAAUGUGAUGCUAAGAGAAGGACUGUUUCUGAGAUGGGAUUCCUGCAUUCAUUUUGUGUGCAAUCAUUUCAAAUAGAGCCUAAUUCAGGAUACCUUAACAUGUGAUAUAAACCCAACCAAAUUUAGAAGUAGCCCACAAUUAACUCUCAUUAUAAUUGUAAAAACUUUGCUAGAUAACUGUUCUGGCUUGACUUUCUUUAGGCUCUCAAUCUACAGAGCUAAACACCACCCCCAUUUUUCAUUUUAGCUGUUUUGAAUGUUUCUUCAGUUUAUAUCACAUUUAAAAUUUGUUUUUGCACAUAUCACUGGAAAUGUUUUUUUUUUUUUGGUUUUUUUUUAGUAGAAAUACAGUCAUUUCUACUAAAUGACUGUAUUUCAUUUAGGUUUAAACCUAAUCUAGGUUAAACCUAGUUUAGGUUUAACCUAAUCUAGGUUUUUCCACAACUGUGAAUCAGAUUAAUUUAGCUAAGCUAUUGGACUAUUUAGAAAACAGCACUCUUGACAUUAAUCCUGAAAUAUAAUGUCACAAUUUACAAAGUCAGAGCAAAUUAUAGUUGGGAAUUUUGCUGUCUGGUUAUAAUUUUCCACUGGGUUUUGCAGUAUCACACAAAUUAUAAUGCUGUUUGUCAAGAGUUCCAGGACUUGUCAUUGAAUGUAUGUUAUUUUUAAUCUUUUGCACAUAUUGUUUCUUUUAGUACUUAUUUUCAGUACACUUGUUUCACUGGCAUUUCUUUUUAUACCAAUAAAGCAGUUUGAAAGAGA